UUCGCCGCCGAGCUUCGGACGCGAGGAUGGAGACGGUGACCGAGGGAGCGUGGGACUCCCUGCCCGUCAAGCUGAGCCCUGGCGUCGGGCGGGCCUUGCGGGAGCUGGGCUUCACACACAUGACGCCGGUGCAGUCUGCAACGAUUCCUUUGUUUAUGACAAAUAAGGAUGUGGCAGCUGAGGCGGUAACUGGGAGUGGCAAAACUUUAGCUUUUGUUAUUCCAAUCAUAGAAAUUCUUCUCCGACGGGAAGAAAAGCUCAAGAAAAUGCAGGUUGGUGCUGUUGUCAUCACGCCCACACGAGAGCUUGCCAUGCAAAUAGACGAAGUGAUAUCCCAUUUCACAAAGUAUUUCCCACAGUUUAGCCAGUGUCUUCUAAUCGGCGGAAAGAAUCCCAUGGAAGAUGUGGAAAGAUUCAAGGAACGAGGUGGACACAUCCUGGUAGCUACUCCAGGCCGUUUGGAGGACAUGUUCAGGAGAAAAUCGGAUGGGCUGGAUUUGGCCAGCUCUGUGAAAUCUCUGGAUGUUUUAGUCUUAGAUGAAGCAGACCGGCUUCUGGAUAUGGGCUUUGAAGCAAGUUUAAAUACCAUUCUGGACUUGUUGCCCAAGCAGAGACGAACGGGGCUCUUUUCGGCAACUCAAACUCAAGAAGUCGAGAACCUGGUGAGGGCUGGUCUCCGGAACCCUGUCCGCAUCUCGGUGAAGGAGAAGGGAAUGGCAGCGAGCAAUACUCAGAAGACCCCCACCCGCCUCCAAAACUACUACAUGAUCUGCAAAGCAGAAGAAAAAUUCAACCAGCUGGUCCACUUCCUUCGCCAACACAAAGCAGAAAAACACCUCGUCUUUUUCAGUACCUGCGCGUGCGUGGAGUAUUUUGGGAAGACUUUGGAAUCCUUGAUUAAGAAUGUGACAAUAAUGUGCAUCCAUGGGAAAAUGAAACACAAACGGAAUAGGAUCUUCACGGAGUUCCGGAAACUUCCAAGUGGCAUUCUGGUUUGCACCGAUGUGAUGGCCCGAGGCAUAGACAUUCCAGAGGUGAACUGGGUUUUGCAGUGUGACCCUCCAAGCAAUGCAAGUGCCUUCGUUCAUCGCUGUGGCCGCACUGCACGCAUCGGGCACUUGGGCAGCGCACUUGUCUUCUUGCUUCCCAUGGAAGAGGCCUACAUCAGUUUUCUAGCCAUUAACCAAAAGUGUCCCAUGCAGGAAAUGAAAUUGCAGAGCAACGUGGCAGAUGUCCUGCCGAAGCUGAAGUCUCUCAGUCUGGCUGACAGAGCCUUCUAUGAGAAGGGGAUGAAGGCCUUUGUAUCUUACGUGCAGGCUUAUGCCAAACACGAGUGCAACCUGAUCUUCAGGAUAAAAGACUUGGACUUUAGUAGCCUGGCCCGCGGUUUUGGUUUGCUGAAGAUGCCACGGAUGCCGGAGCUGAAAGGCAAGUGCUUUUCAGACUUCACGGCUGUUGAUAUUGACACGGACACGAUUGCCUUCAAGGACAAGAACAGAGAAAAAGAGAGGCAAAAGCUGUUGGAGCAGCGAAGGAAGGAGUGGCAGGAGCGCGGUGGGCAGAGAAAAUUCACCCGCAACAAAUCCUGGUCCAAGCAGAAAUCAAAGAAGGAGAAGAAGAAGAAAAUGACAGCCAAAAGGAAAAGAGAGGAGGGUUCUGAUGUGGAGGACGAGGAUAUGGAGGAGCUCCUGCAGGACACCCGGCUCUUGAAAAGGCUCAAGAAGGGCAAAAUCAGUGAGGAGGAGUUUGAGAAGAAGCUGCUGCACGGCGUGAAGGAGGCCCAGGCAGGAGCUGUGGGAGGCUCAGACUGAAGGGUGAAAUGUCCAGCUGAACUCUCCUUUUUGAUACAAAUAAAACUUUAUGUGCACAUACCGAGUGCCAUUUCACACUUGAUAUUGUUGCUGUUGGGGCCUUAUGAUACAGCAGCCUUGUUCAGCCUGGAGCUCUGCAGAUGAUUUGGGCUUCAGCUCUCAUGAACCCCAGCCAGCACAGCUUUGUGGUGUAGUGGUUAAGAGCGGUAGACUCCUAAUCUGGGGUUAAGAGCGGUAGACUCCUAAUCUGGGGAACCAGGUUCGCGUCUCUGCUCCUCCACAUGCAGCUGCUGGGUGACCUUGGGCUAGUCACACUUCUCUGAAGUCUCUCAGCCCCUCACCUCACAGGGUGUCUGUUGUGGGGAAGGAAGGGAAAGGAGAUUGUUAGCCGCUUUGAGACUCCUUCGGGUAGUGAUAAAGCGGGAUAUCAAAUCCAAACUCUUUUUCUUCUUCUUUCAAUCAGGACAACUUGAACCCAGACUAUUGAUGACCUGCUACAGGAGAUUCUUUUAACAGGAAGUGCCAAGGAUUGAGCUUGGCAAAGUGUUUGCUGUUAAGAUUUUAAGCAUCAUGUUGCAAAGGUUCCCAGAUUUUUCCUCCCACCCAUGUCUUGCUAUAAGUUGCAUUCUACAAAGCCAGCCUGGUGCAGUGGCACAUUCUUGCUGGGUAACCUUGUCCCAGUUGCUGUGUUUGUUUAUUUAUUUAUAUUUAUCUAUUGAAUCUAUAUACUGUACCACCCUAUACCUGGAGGUCUCAGCGCGGUGUUGCAGCCUAACCUACUUUGUUGGACUGUGAUGAGGCUAACAAGGGGGAGAUUAUGCAUCCAACUUGGAGCUCCUUGUGGGAAGAAGGGGGCAGGGAAUCUACCUCCCACGCCUACCUGGCCUGAGGGAUUAACUGUAAGUAGUCACUCCCUGGCUAUCUGCUUUUUACAUUUUGUGUCAUUCCUUCUGAAAAGCGUAGCUUCUCUUAUCUAAGAGAAUUGAGGUUCCGAGGCUGGGGAAACCCAACCAGAUGCGUGGGGUAUAAAUAAUAAAAUUAUUAUUACUACUAUUCCUAUUCCUGCUGGGAGAGUUCAUCACAGCUGGGAUAACCGCAGAGGCCCCCUUGGAAUCGGGAGCCUGAACAAGAACGGAGACAGGCUACCUGAACUGUGCUCAUACCACAGCCUCUGCGUCACAAACAUGUUAUGCUCUACCAAGGCAAAACACUCAGUGUCCUGGAGACAUCUUAGAUGUCAGGUCACUGGCACCAGCGGGACUGGAUUGUCACCAGGCGAUUGCACUGAACUGUGUUAAUGCCACACGGAGCGACCACAGCACCGACUGCGACGUGGUCACUCCCUGGUGGCGAGCAAAGAGGACCUCUAGCCAUACUAAGGUUCUGCACUUUGGCAGGAAGAACCAGCUGCACCAAUAUGAGAUGAGGGACACCUGGUUUGCUGGUAGGGAAAAGGAUCUAGGGAUCUUAGUGGACCAUAAGCUUAACAUGUCAACCUGUGUGUGAUGCAGCAGCAAAAAAUGCUAGUGCUAUUUUAGGCUGCAACAACAAAAGUGUGGAUCAAUGGAAGACAAUAAUACAAGGAAAUUCAAAACAGUAACAAUUUAUUGUGCAUUUAUUCAAAAUCCAUUAAAAAUAUUUAUUUUUAUUCCAUGCUAUUCCAGUUCUCUUUCUUCUUUUCACCAAUUGGUGAAAUCCCGUCUCUGCCUUCAAUCAGCUCGAGACCAAGACACGUGGAGUUACACAGGGAGUAGAUCAUAUAUCCUAAGGAACGGGAAAACCCAAAAUUCCAUGAGAUCCUUUGAGGCAAAAUAAUGUGAACAGUUUUCAGAUCUCUCUCUGUCCCUUGCCCUGCCCUGUCUUGCCAAAACAAAGGUAGCCACCCUGUGCCCAGACUCUCUCGGCCUCCCUGAGGUGGUCCAAAGGAAACAAGAGCAAGGCAUAAGGCCCCAGUUUGGCUGCAGAAGGAGGUCUACAAAAUGCCAUCCAACCAUCUUAGGGACUCCACUCUGCAUCUGUGGAGGGUUUACUCUGGAGCCUUUUCUUCUCCUGAAGCCAUCCCAUGAGGCAGCAGAGGUUUAGAAUCAGAGUUCUCCUCCAUGGGCUCCCAUCUGGGGGGAUGAGCCCCAUCACGCCCUCACUUCCCUCUACGGCUUCCUCUGGAUCUCAUCUGCUCCAUCUGCGGGGCCUAUUCUCUGACAAAGUCCCUCACUCACCGAGGGUUUGAGAGCCAUUGGUUACCCUCCCCUGGCCUCUUCUCAUCCUUGACUGCUCAUCCUUGUCCCCCCACUCCUUGGCCUCUGUCCCCACAAGGCAGCUUCCCCCUACCUGAUCUGGUCCCACAGCCACUGCAUCCCUUCUGCCCCCAUGAAAAUAUGGAUAAGGAGGUCUUGUUGCCAUCAUUCUGUCACCUGCAAGAGAAAAAAGGUAAGCAGGAUGCCAGGAGUUCCUGCUUCUAUCACAGAUGAAACAGGGCAUCUCUAACUACAGGUGGGCUUUUGAGCAAGUCUUACCUGCUGAGUUCAUUUGGAUGUUAGCCUCUCUCUGGUGUCCGCACUGCCUAUAAAUCUUCAAUGACAAUGUCAUCUGGAUGGAAGAGAACAAGAAUGAAAAUGAGAUUUUCCCAUGGGCCUUCCCCCCCCUUCAGUCAAAGGUGGGAAAGGCCUGCCAGGCAGGGAGCAGGUCCUGCAGGAGUCCCAGCAAGAAGACCUCAGAGGUGGGUCUUGGGCAAAUAAAGGGACAAGGUAGUUCGCUGUCUCCAAGGUGUGGGGCUCACCUUCUUCCGGCUUCUGUCGGAAGCAGGCCAGGUCCGGCCGAACUACCGUCAUCUGCAGAGGAAAGAAAAAUCAGGAUCAGUUGGGAGCAAGAGAGUACAGAAGCAGCGCCAAGCCAGGAAGGACGGGUCUCCCUCUGUCUUGGGCCCAAUCCCUUGUUCCAGAGGACCUCCCUGGGCCCUGCAGCCUCCUGGGCAGAGGUGGAAGGGCAGCCACAGGAAAGGGGGCAGGAAAAGCCUCUGGCCUCACCCUGGCCCCCAGGGACACACACCGCAUCAUCUGCGUUAAAGCUCACUCACAAAUGUGCUCUUGGAGGGAUGGAAGCAAACACAGAAAGGAAUAGAAGAAGGCGAGCUACUUACUC